AUGUCUUCACUAAAAGUGGCAGACGGGUGUCCCUAUGGGUACCGACCAUAUCCAGAUAGUGUGACUAAUGCAUUAAACCCAUGUUUCGUAUCCGUAGUUUCGACAUGGCAAGCGGCCUUUUUCCUAUUGUUUGGCAGCUAUCAAUUGUGGAAACUUUAUAAGAACGAAAAAGUACCACCCAGAUUAAAGAACUUUCCCAUAUCCCCAAGUAAAAUUAGGAGUCGACAUCUAACGCAUUUGACUAAUGUUUGCUUUCAAUCUACGCUUAUAAUCUGUCAACUGGCCUUAGUGUCUCAAUCAAUUGAUAGGGUUUAUCCAUCUAUACUUAAGAAGGCUCUGUACUUGAAUCUCCUUUUCAAUUUGGGUAUUUCUCUUCCUACUCAAUACUUGACGUAUUUCAAAAGUACAUUUUCAAUGGGCAACCAGCUUUUCUACUACAUGUUUCAGAUUCUUCUACAACUUUUCCUGAUAUUGCAAGGGCACUACCAUGGUUCCAGUAACACAAAACUUACUGUUAUUAGCGGACAGACUGCUAUGAUUCUAGAACUUCUCCUUCUCUUCAAUUCAGUUGCAAUUUUUGUUUAUGACCUGUGCUUUUUUGAGCCAAUUCACGAAUUAUCUGAAUACUACAAAAAAAAUGGGUGGUACCCCCCCGUCCAUGUACUAUCUUAUAUUACAUUUAUCUGGAUGAACAAGUUAAUUGUGGAAACCUACCGUAAUAAGAAAAUCAAGGAUCCUAACCAACUACCAUUACCGCCAGUGAAUUUGAAUAUUAAGUCAAUAAGUAAGGAAUUUAAGGGAAAUUGGGAAUUGGAAAAAUGGCUGAAUAGAAACUCUCUUUGGAGGGCUAUUUGGAAAUCAUUCGGCAGAACUAUUUCGGUGGCUAUGCUAUACGAAACGACAUCUGAUUUACUUUCCGUAGUACAGCCCCAGUUCCUACGGAUAUUCAUAGAUGGUUUCAACCCAGAAUCAUCUUCUAAAUAUCCUCCUUUAAAUGGUGUAUUUAUUGCUUUGACGCUUUUUGUAAUUAGCGUGGUUUCUGUGUUCCUAACAAAUCAAUUUUAUAUUGGGAUUUUUGAGGCUGGUUUGGGGAUAAGAGGCUCUUUAGCUGCUUUAGUAUACCAGAAGUCUUUAAGACUGACGCUAGCAGAGCGUAACGAUAAAUCCACUGGUGACAUCUUAAAUUUGAUGUCUGUGGAUGUAUUAAGGAUCCAGAGGUUUUUUGAGAAUGCUCAAACCAUCAUUGGCGCUCCUAUUCAGAUUAUAGUUGUAUUAACGUCCCUCUACUGGUUGUUAGGAAAGGCUGUUAUCGGGGGGUUGAUUACUAUGGCUAUAAUGAUGCCCAUCAACGCCUUUUUAUCGAGAAAAGUAAAAAAGCUAUCAAAGACCCAGAUGAGAUAUAAGGACAUGAGGAUUAAGACAAUAACGGAGCUAUUAAAUGCUAUAAAAUCUAUUAAAUUGUACGCUUGGGAGGAACCUAUGAUGGCAAGAUUAAAUCAUGUUCGUAACGACAUGGAAUUAAAAAAUUUUCGCAAAAUUGGUAUAGUGAGCAACCUGAUAUAUUUUGCCUGGAAUUGUGUUCCUUUAAUGGUGACCUGCUCCACAUUUGGCUUAUAUUCUUUAUUUAGCGAUUCACCAUUAUCUCCUGCCAUUGUUUUCCCUUCAUUAUCUUUAUUUAAUAUUUUGAACAGUGCCAUCUAUUCGGUUCCAUCCAUGAUAAACACCAUCAUAGAGACAAGUGUUUCUAUGGAAAGAUUAAAGGCAUUUUUACUUAGUGACGAAAUUGAUGACUCGUUUAUUGAACGUACUGAUCCUUCAGCGGAUGAGAGAUCGUUACCUGCCAUAGAGAUGAAUAAUAUUACGUUUUUAUGGAAGUCGAAGGAAGCGAUAGCAUCUAGCCAACUUGGAGAUAACUCGAGGACAGAUGAAGAAUCUAUUAUUGGAUCUUCUCAGAUUGCAUUGAAGAGCAUUGAUCAUUUUGAAGCGAAAAAGGGUGAUUUAGUUUGUAUUGUUGGUCGGGUAGGAGCUGGUAAAUCAACGUUUUUGAGGGCAAUUCUUGGUCAACUUCCUUGCAUGAGCGGUUCUAGAGAGUCGAUAGCCCCCAAACUAAUCAUUAGAUCAUCGUCCCUAGCGUAUUGUUCACAAGAAUCCUGGAUAAUGAACGCAUCUGUAAGGGAAAACAUCCUAUUUGGUCACAAAUUCGAUAAGAAUUAUUAUCAACUUACAAUCAAAGCAUGUCAAUUGCUCCCCGAUUUGAAAAUCUUGCCAGAUGGUGAUGAAACUUUGGUGGGUGAAAAGGGUAUUUCUCUAUCAGGCGGUCAAAAAGCUCGUCUUUCAUUAGCCAGAGCCGUGUAUUCGAGAGCAGAUAUUUACUUGCUGGAUGACAUUUUAUCUGCUGUUGAUGCAGAGGUUAGUAAAAAUAUUAUUGAGUAUGUUUUGAUCGGAAAGACGGCUUUAUUGAAAAAUAAAACGAUUAUUUUAACCACUAAUACUGUAUCAAUAUUAAAACAUUCACAGAUGAUAUAUGCGCUAGAAAAUGGUGAAAUCGUCGAACAAGGGAAUUAUGAGGAUGUGAUGAACCGUGAAAAUAAUACUUCAAAAUUAAAAAAACUACUGGAGGAAUUUGAUUCUCCCAUUGAUAACGAAAAUGAAAGCGAUGUGCAAACUGAACACCGAUCCGAAAGUGAUGUGGAUGAACCUUUGCAGCUUAAAGUAGUUGAAUCUGAAACUGAGGAUGAGGUGGUUCGUGAGAGUGAAUUAGAACUGGUCAAAGCCAAUUCUAGAAGAGCUUCUCUAGCUACACUAAGACCUAGACCCUUUGUCGGAGCACAAUUGGAUUCCGUGAAGAAGACGGCGCAAGAGGUCGAAAAGACCGAGGUUGGGAGAGUUAAGACAAAGGUCUAUCUUGCAUAUAUUAAAGCGUGUGGGGUUUCAGGUGUUGUUUUAUUUUUUUUGUUUAUGAUUUUAACGAGAGUUUUUGAUUUAGCAGAGAAUUUUUGGCUAAAGUAUUGGUCAGAAUCUAAUGAAAAAAAUGGUUCGAACGAAAGGGUUUGGAUGUUUGUUGGUGUAUAUUCCUUGAUUGGGGUAGCGUCGGCCGCAUUCAAUAACUUGCGGAGCAUUAUGAUGUUAUUGUAUUGUUCUAUAAGGGGCUCUAAAAAACUGCAUGAAAGCAUGGCAAAAUCUGUAAUUAGGAGUCCUAUGACUUUCUUUGAGACUACUCCAGUUGGAAGAAUCAUAAACAGAUUCUCAUCUGAUAUGGAUGCAGUGGACAGUAAUCUACAGUACAUUUUCUCUUUUUUUUUUAAGUCAAUACUUACCUAUUUGGUCACUGUUAUAUUGGUUGGGUACAAUAUGCCAUGGUUUUUAGUGUUCAACAUGUUCUUGGUGGUGAUCUACAUUUACUAUCAAACGUUUUACAUUGUGUUAUCGAGAGAGUUGAAAAGAUUGAUUAGCAUAUCUUACUCGCCGAUUAUGUCCCUAAUGAGUGAGAGCUUAAACGGUUAUUCCAUUAUUGAAGCAUACGAUCAUUUUGAGAGGUUCAUCUAUCUAAAUUAUGAAAAAAUUCAAUAUAACAUCGAUUUCGUCUUCAACUUUAGGUCAACGAAUAGAUGGUUGUCCGUGAGGUUGCAAACCAUCGGUGCCACGAUUGUAUUGGCUACUGCAAUCUUAGCACUAGCAACAAUGAAUACUAAAAGGCAACUAAGUUCGGGUAUGGUUGGUCUGUUGAUGAGCUACUCAUUAGAGGUCACAGGCUCAUUGACUUGGAUCGUAAGAACUACUGUGAUGAUUGAAACCAACAUUGUAUCGGUAGAAAGAAUUGUUGAGUACUGUGAAUUACCACCUGAAGCUCCAUCCAUUAAUCCCGAAAAGAGGCCAGAUAAAAAUUGGCCAUCAAAGGGCAGUAUUGAAUUCAAAAAUUAUUCUACAAAAUACAGACAAAAUCUAGAUCCAGUGCUGAAUGAUAUUAACGUGAAAAUUAAGCCAUGUGAAAAGGUCGGAAUUGUUGGCAGAACAGGUGCAGGGAAGUCUACACUGAGUCUGGCGUUAUUUAGAAUGCUAGAGCCAAUGGAAGGUAAAAUUAUUAUUGACGGCAUCGAUAUAUCCAGCAUAGGUUUGUUUGAUUUAAGAAGCCAUUUGGCCAUUAUUCCUCAGGAUGCACAGGCUUUUGAAGGUACGGUAAAGACCAAUUUGGAUCCUUUCAAUCGUUAUUCGGAAAGUGAGCUUAAGAGGGCUGUUGAGCAAGCGCAUCUAAAGCCUCAUUUGGAAAAAAUGCUUGAGAACAAACCAAGAGGUGACGAUAGUUCUAGUGAAGAGAAUGACAACGUUAAAGAUAUUCUGGAUGUCAAGAUUAAUGAGAACGGUAAUAAUUUGUCAGUGGGGCAAAGACAGCUACUAUGUUUGGCAAGAGCGUUGCUAAAUCGUUCCAAAAUAUUGGUUCUUGAUGAAGCAACCGCUUCCGUAGAUAUGGAAACGGACAAAAUCAUUCAAGAUACCAUCAGAAGAGAAUUCAAGGACCGUACUAUUUUAACAAUUGCACACCGUAUCGACACUGUGUUGGACAGUGAUAGAAUCAUUGUUCUUGAUCAGGGCAACGUGAAAGAAUUCGAUUCACCCUCGAAAUUAUUAUCUGAUAAAACAUCUAUUUUUUACAGUCUUUGUGAGAAAGGUGGGUAUUUGAAACAAUGA